AUGGUUAAAGUUUCUCCUCUUAAAGAUACUAAAGUCUUCGCUCCCAUCAAGGUUGGUGAAAAUGAAUUAGCUCACAAAAUUGUUUUCCCUCCAACUACUAGAUUCAGAGCUACCAGCGAAGGUAUUCCAUCUGAUUUACAACUUCAAUACUACGAAGAAAGAUCAAGAUACCCUGGUUCUUUAUUGGUUACUGAAGGUACCUUCCCAACUGAAAAAACUGGUGGUUACUUUGGUGUUCCAGGUAUUUACAAUGAUGAACAAGUUCAAGCUUGGAAACAAAUUAAUGAUAAGGUUCACGCCAAUAAAUCAUUCACUUCAAUUCAAUUCUGGGCUCUUGGCCGUGUUUCAGACCCUAAAUUCUGUGAAGCUACCAAACUUCCUCUUAUUGCUCCUUCUGAAGUUUACUUAACUGAUGAAGAAAAAGCUUUCCCAUUCGAAGAAGUUAAGAUCCACACUCCUUCUACUGAAGAACUUGAACAAUUGAUCCGUGAUGACUACACUAAAGCUGCUAAGAAUGCCGUUGCUGCUGGUUUUGAUUACAUAGAACUCCACUCUGCUCAUGCCUCCAAAUUAGCCAUCAGAUUUUCUCCAUGGGCUACUUUCCAAGGUAUGAAAGGUGCUAAAGAAGAAAUUCAUCCAUACGCAACUUUCAGUUAUGUUGUAGGUGAAUUACAAAAACGUGCUAAUAACGGCAAAGAACUCGCUUACAUUUCUUUAGUCGAACCAAGAGUUUCCGGUAUCAUGGAUGUUAAAAAAGAAGAUCAAGCUGGUGACAAUGAAUUCAUCAAGAAGAUUUGGAAAGGUGUUUUAUUACGUGCUGGUAACUAUUCGUAUGAUGCUCCCGAAUUCAACCAAUUAUUAAGCGAUGUCGACGAUGAACGUACUUUAGUUGGUUUCUCCAGAUAUUACAUCUCCAACCCUGAUCUUGUUUUCAAAUUGCAUGAAGGUCAUGAUUUGACUCCUUAUGAUAGAGAAACUUUCUAUCUUAACAGUAACUGGGGUUACAACACUUACACUGUUUACGGUAAAGAACUCCAAAUUGCUGAAGAAGAAGCUAGAAAACACCUUCCAGAAGCUCUUAAAUCUCUUAAAGUAUAG